ACUUCCUCUCGCUGCACCAACAGUGGCCCUGUGUAGCCCCGGCUGCUGUCAGCAGAGGGGCAGGGCCGAGCACGGUGGAUGCAAGCUCCCAGCCUCGGCCAGUUUAACCCAGUAUGGAGCUAACAGGUCUUCUCCCUGUGCUGGCCUGGCUGCAGAUCCUCCCCCGGCUGGUGUUGUCCACGGGGACUGAGGGACCCAGUUCAUCCCCUGGUCUGUGCAGGGGGGUCUAUUCCCAGUCGCCCACCCCGGUCCCGGCUCCCCCAGCCCCCAGCCUGUCUCUGAGCCCCCCUAGCCCAGUAAGGGGGCAGCAGGUCCAGCUGACGUGCUCUGCUCCGAGGGACUCUGGGGCCCUGGGGUUCGUUUUCUAUGAGCAGAGGAAUGGGAGCUGGGACAGGCUGUCGUCCCAAAGCAGUGGGACCUGGAGGAUCAGCAUGGAGAACAGUGAACUCAGCCGGACUUUCACCUGCUCCUAUUGGGUCCAGAGCAGCCCCCCAAGACAGCCUCACUCCCAGUCUCUGCCAAGUAAUGCAGUGACCUUGCUCCUGACAGCCUGGUCUCUGCCCAUCCCCCUGGUGGCUGGGUGCAGUGGGGCUGCCACGGCUCUGGCUCUGCUGCUGCUGCUCAUCUGCCUCUGCAGGAAGAAGGUGGCAGCUAGCUGCCAGCUCUCCAUGUCCGACUGGAAGAGAGGGGAGUUGUGCCGGUCAUGGAUAGCGAGACGGUCGGCCGAGAUCUCCGAGCUAAGUAUGUGUGGUGUCACGGCAGAGACACAUGCCAUUCCCCUGAUGACCCUGCAUCUUCCUGCUCCGGGAUCAGAACCCCAGCCCUACUCCGCAGACCCUGGGCCACCACUGAUGUUUGGUUCUCUCUCUUUCAGACCCGUGUAUGUCAACAUACCCUUCAGGGCCAGCACAGCUCUGCAGCAGUGGAGCCAUGAUGGGCAGGCCCAGCUGGUGACCCACAACCAGCCAGCGCAGCCCAACAACCCUGGAGGGAAGCCCGGAGUGGGUCAAAACCCCCAGGAAAGGGUCAAGAGAGAAGAGGCUGCAGAUGCCACAGAAGGGCACAACUCCUCAGUGAGCAAUCCUGUCUAUUCCAUGGUGACGCCCUCUAGUGCCGUGGCCCAGCAGAGAGGAGGAAAGUACAUCUCAGAGGCUGUGGUGUACAGCGAAAUCCCGUACUGAUCACGGUCUCUGCCACCACCCCAUCCCCAUCGCACCCCAUGCUGAGAACAUCUCACAUAAUGCCCCAUCCCCCAACCUUCCCUUCCCUGCAAACCCUGCUAAUGGCCACAAACGUCUUUCUGCUGUUUGAAUGCAAGGGAGUGGGGGGCUGGCAGCCAGGACUCCUGGGUCUUAUCCCAGCUCUGGGAGGGGAGUGGGGUUAGUGGGUUUGAGCAGAGGAUGGGGGCUGGGAGCCAGGCUCUGUGAAGGGAGUAGGUUAGAGCAGGGAGAGCGGUAAUUCCUAACGCUUGGGUUAGUUUCAGCACAUGGGUUUUAGGAGGGAGUUUGGGUUUUAAUCUGUUAAAGAGAAGCGUUUGCAGAACUAUGUGAAAUAGUCCAGAGGGGCCCCUACCCCUACGUCUGUUCCAAUGCACAUUGCACCCUUUUGUUGUGGGAAACCUUCUCUUACAGUGGCAUCCCCUGGAUAUUACUCCUGUUCCUUCACUGUGGAGUUCUGGGUCGGCGUUUUCAAAAAUCCUUUAAACAAAAUGAAAUCAAGUUGGUUUUCAUUAAGGGGUUAGAUAGGGCAGUGGCCUUGACACACACACAGAUCUCUUCCCCUCCAGUAGGGGGCAAAAGGGAGGGACACACACACACACACACACACCUGGAGGACAGCCUGCGAGCAAGAGAUCUAUGCAAUAUCCCCAGCAUCAGAAGAUCAUCCAAUACUUGGAUAUGUUAAUUGAGCCACUGAAAUGCAGCCAGCUCUGGGGUGAGGACUGACCGCUCUUUACACAGUUAGCGCCAGCCCUCCAAAGGGAUCUUCACCCAGGGCUGAAAUGCAGCCACUUCCAGGGGAUGGUUUAACAGCAGUUUAGCAGCAUCAGCGCAAACACUGCAGAAGUGGAUCUCGCCCCCAGCACAACAAUGCAGCCACUUCUAGGGUGGAAGGUGGCAGCUCUUGAAGAGCUGCCUGGCAGAGCUGGUCAGGAGAUGGGGGCCUGGAGAAACCUGGGUCCAACUGAGGCCACAUCUACACUACAGCAUAAAAUCGAAGUUAUUAAAACCGGUUUUAUAAAACUGGUUUUAUAAAAUC